GUUAAUUUAAGGAUAAAUACACACACACAUAAAUAUUUAAUAUUAUUUUUAUUUAGUAAUCUUUUAAGUAAUAAAUACUACACGAAAUAUCUAAUAAAAAUGCUAUUAUCAUUUUAGCAACCCUCUAGCUAGUCGUAAAUUAACACUUAGCAAUUAAAAUUAAACACUGGUUAAACAUCGAUGUUUAACUAAACUACUAAAUAAUCAAAUGCACCUUUAUCUAAUGAAAAUAACCAUGAAUGUUACUAAUACAAUUCAUUUUAAAAGCCUAAUUCUUUCACUAAAAAUUAAGAUUUAAACAUGAUUAAUCAUAUUGAACGCAGUCAAAUUAGUAAGACAUAUCAAAAUAAUGAUGCAAUACAUUAAAAUUAAUCAACUUUUUAAUCAGUUCAGCAUGCUUAGUUUAAUUCUAAUAGAAAUAGCUCUCCAUUUUUUAUUCCUCAAAAUUAAAACAUACCGAUUGUAGUAUAAAAUUUAGACACUGGCAUCCAAACAUUAAAAAACAAUAAUAUACAACCAGUUUAAAGAAACAGAAUUUUUAGCAGUAUAGUCUAAUCUAAUUUAAGUACUCAUACUCGCAACUCAAGUGGUAAUCAACUAAAUUUAAAAACUGCUAGCCCUCAUUUCAUUUAGCAAAAGUUAGUUAAUUAGUCAGUUUUAGUCAUACCUUAAGCUAAUAAUAACAAUAUUUAAUAUCCUACUUAAGUACAUAAAUAAAUUCAAUAGUAAUAAGAUUAGCAAAAAUAUUUUCAGUCAAAUGUCAAAUAAAGUAACAUUUUAAUAAAUCAACUUGAUUAAUAAAGAAUUCCUAGUAAUAAUAAUCUAAUUUAAUCAAAUAAAAAGGAUUCUGAUAAAUAAUAACAAAUUAUUAAGCAAAUCUAAUUGCUAAAAAAUAUAGAGCAAUAGUAAAAUCAUAUUUAAAUAUCCAACUAAAAAUAAAAGAAGAAUGACUCAAUAUUCUAAUAAAAUGAUUCUGCCUUUUAAAAUGAAUAAUCUUACAUAUAAGAAGAGGGAUAACUUGAAGACGUUUCAAAAAUGAAAAGUGAGAUAGAUUAUUUAAAUAGUAAACUUAAGCUCAAAGAAGAAGAAGUUAGUAUAUUCAUUUAAUAUGUAAAUGAGAGAAGAGAAUUCGAAAAAGAAAAAAUUUUUUUGAUUUAGCAAUUAGAAGAAGCUAGAGCAUAAACAUAAUAUCUCAAACUUUAAUAGUCUAAAAAUCUGAAUUCUGAGACGAAUGAUAAUGUUGAAUUAAAAGACUAAGUUUUAAUAAAUCAAAAUGAAAUAAUAUUAUUAAACAAAGAAAUCUAGAGCUUAAACAAGUAAAUUUAGUAUUCUGAGUAGCAAAUCCACAACAAAGAUGAUAACAUAAAAGAGCUGAAGUAAAAAAUAGAAGAAUAAAAUAUUUUAAUAAAAAAACAAAGUGAAGAGAUUUAAAACCUUAAUAAAAAAUUAGAUAAUCAAGCUAUUCUAAAUACAGAUAAAUAAUAAAUAGAUCAAAUCUAAAAGUAAAAAGAUUUAGAAUAGUAAAACUAAGUUUAUUUAUUAAAAAUAUAGUCUUUAGAAAGAAAUCUUGUUAUUUUAGAAAAAGAAAAUAGGGCUUUGAAAAAGCAGUCAGAAGAACAAAAUAAUUUAAGUGCAUAAAAAUUGUGA